CUUAAAGGGAAACUUUCACAAUGUCUGGAGCCCUUGAUGCCCUGCAAAUGAAGGAGGAGGAUGUCCUUAAGUUCCUUGCAGCAGGAACCCACUUAGGUGGCACCAAUCUUGACUUCCAGAUGGAACGGUACAUCUGUAAAAGGAAAAGUGAUGGCAUCCACAUCAUAAAUCUGAAGAGGACCUGGGAGAAGCUUCUGCUGUCAGCUCGUGCCAUUGUUGCCACUGAAAACCCUGCUGAUGUCAGUGUCACAUCCUCCAGGAAUACUGGCCAGAGGGCCAUGCUGAAGUUUGUUGCUGCCACAGGAUCCACCCCAAUUGCUGGCUGCUUCACUCCUGGAACCUUCACUAACCAGAUCCAGGCAGCUUUCUGGGAGCCACGGGUUCUUGUGGUUACUGAUCCCAGGGCUGACCACCAGCCUCUCAUGGAGGCAUCUUAUGUUAACCUACCUACCAUUGCGCUGUGUAACACAGAUUCUCCUUUGCACUGUGUGGACAUUGCCAUCCCAUGCAACAACAAUGGAGCUCACUCAGUGGGUUUGAUGUGGUGGAUGCUGGCUUGCAAAGUUCUGCACAUGUGUGGCACCAUUUCCUGUGAACACCUGUGGGAGGUAAUGCCUGAUCUCUACUUCUACAGAGAUCCUGAAGAGAUUGAAAAAGAAAAGCAGGCUGCUGCUGAAAAGGCUGUGACCAAGGAGGAAUUUCAGGGUGAAUGGACUGCUCUGGCUCCUGAGUUCACUGCUACUCAGCCUGAGGUUGCAGGCUGGUCUGAAGGAGUGCAGGCACCCUCUGUGCCUAUUCAGCAGUUCCCUACUGAAGACUGGAGCGCUCAGCCUGCCACGGAAGACUGUUCUGCAGCUCCCACUGCUCAGGCCACUGAAUGGGUAGGAGCAACCACUGAAUGGUCUUAA